UUCGUUCAAUCCAACAAGCAAACCAAAUCCAAUCCUUCAAGAUGUUCAAGCUCAUCGUCGCCGUUGUCUUCGCUCUGUUCGCCUGCGCCGCCGCCAAGCCCGGAAUCGUGGCUCCUCUGGCCUACUCCGCGCCCUACGUGGCCUCCCCCUACGUGGCAUCCCCCUACGUGGCGUCUCCCUAUGUGGCCGCUCCCUACACUGCUGCCUACACCGCCGCCUACACCGCCCCCUACGCCGCCGCCUACACAGCACCCUACGCCGCUGCCGCCUACACCGCCCCCCUUCUGCUGAAGAAGUAGAGCGUAUCCUGGACCCUGCUUCCGGAAAGGAUGGAUUAGAUUGACACUCGCAAUGAAAUUGAAAUAAACUGACCGAAAAACGAAAA